AUGGACAACGAUCGAUCAGCGAAUUUCACCCAUCCUUUGCUUUGCUUACCAGUUCCCACUAUGGAUAUUGAAGAUUAUAAUACCAUUUCGAAUUACAACAGGGAUUAUGACAAUUAUAUCUUGCCAAAUAAGAAAUCACGAGAUGCAGUCGAUGCUCACAUAGAUAUACAAGCCGUUACUUGGGCUAUUAUUAGUACGGUGAUUGACAUGUUAGGUGACCAGGCAAACAAGUGGAAUUAUCGAAUUGAAGGAGAAAACAACCAUGUUAGCGUUUGGCCUACUGAAGCAGGCAUCAACAAAGAUAUCAUAAGUGACUUGGAGAAUUCUGCUAAACAUAAUCUUAGAAUAUAUGGGUUCCCUAUAUUAGAGCCAACUGAUAUAGGAAACUGCUCUGGCGAAGAACCAAGUCAAACCGAGGGGCCCCUGACCGCUAUUUCUGAUGCUGUUUGUCUAAUCUGCGACUGCUGGCUGGCUUAUACCACGAAAUUAGGGUUAAUAAGAAGUGGAAACUUUAUCAAGAAUAAAGAAUGUAAAGACAGUGCCCGUGACUUAGAAUUAUGGCGUUUCCGUAAUGAUCACAACAAAACUGAAUUGGAAGAUGGAGAGAUGUUUACCAACAUACUAAAAGAGUAG